AACAAAGUCCAUGUUAGCUCUCCACAUCCUGCACUCUCUCAAAUAAUCUCCCUCCAAAACCCAAGACCUGAAAACAAAAAAUGUCCUCCUCCGCCCUCGUCCCCCUCACCAUCAUCAAAGGCGCAGGCCACGAAUUCAUCGCCCUACCCGAAGGCGACAAUGCCACCGUUGCUGAUUUUCACACCACCCACACUCAAACCACCACAACCCCCAUAACCCUAACCUCAGGCUUCUACAAAAUCACCGCAGGCCCCGCCAAACCCGCCAGCUACACAUUCGAAGAAUCAAAGUACGUACUCAGUGGCCAGAUUGACGUGCUGGACUGUGCAACGGGCAUCACGCAUCAUCUAGUCGCGGGGGACUUUGCGUUUUUCCACGUGGGCUCAAAGGUUGAGUUUUCGACGCGGAGUGCAGGCAUGGCGUUUUAUGUUGUUACGAGGGGGGUGAGGGUGGAGCAUGAGGGGUUGAAGGGGAGGGAGGAGGGAGUGGGUGGUGGGAGGGCCAAAUUGUAA